AUGCAGGACGCGGAGAACGUGGCGGCGCCUGAGGCGGCCGAGCAGCGCGCCGAGCCCGGGCCGGAGCAGCCGGCCGCCGAGCCGACGCCGGGGGCGGAGGUGGUGCGGCCCGGCGUGCAGGAGGCGGCGGGCGGCGAGGACGCGGAGGCGGAGGCUGGGCCGGGGCCUGAGGGGCCGGCCGAGCCUGCGGCCGACGGGCAGGAGAAGGCUGACGCGACCCCCGGCGCCACCCCGCCGCCGCCCGAGGAGUUCUCUGCCCCGCUUGCAGGCGAAGGCCCGGCGGAGCAGGCGCAGGACGCGGCGGCCGAGGCCGGGUCCGAGGGGGCGGGCGGGGAGCCGGACGGUGCGGCGGAGGACGGCGGCGCGGACGAGCCCUCCUUCAGCGACCCCGAGGACUUCGUGGACGACGUGAGCGAGGAAGAGUUGCUGGGGGACGUGCUCAAAGACCGGCCACAGGAAGCAGACGGGAUCGACUCAGUGAUUGUGGUCGACAACGUGCCUCAGGUGGGGCCUGACCGCCUGGAGAAACUCAAAAACGUCAUCCAUAAGAUCUUCUCCAAGUUUGGGAAAAUCACAAACGAUUUUUAUCCAGAGGAGGACGGAAGGACAAAAGGGUAUAUUUUCCUGGAAUACGCAUCCCCUGCCCAUGCGUUGGACGCUGUGAAAAAUGCUGAUGGCUACAAGCUCGACAAGCAGCACACGUUCAGAGUCAACCUCUUCACCGAUUUUGACAAGUACAUGACCAUCAGUGAUGAAUGGGAUAUUCCAGAGAAACAACCUUUCAAAGACCUGGGAAACCUGCGCUACUGGCUUGAAGAGGCAGAGUGCAGAGAUCAGUACAGUGUGAUCUUCGAGAGCGGGGACCGCACUUCCAUAUUCUGGAAUGAUGUGAAGGACCCGGUCUCCAUCGAGGAGAGAGCGCGAUGGACAGAGACAUAUGUGCGUUGGUCUCCUAAGGGAACCUACCUGGCCACCUUUCACCAGCGAGGCAUUGCUCUGUGGGGGGGAGAGAAAUUCAAACAGAUUCAGAGAUUCAGCCACCAAGGGGUUCAGCUUAUCGAUUUCUCACCUUGUGAAAGGUACCUGGUGACCUUCAGCCCCCUGAUGGACACUCAGGAUGACCCCCAGGCCAUCAUCAUCUGGGACAUCCUCACCGGGCAGAAGAAGAGAGGUUUCCACUGUGAGAGCUCAGCCCACUGGCCUAUCUUUAAGUGGAGCCACGAUGGUAAAUUUUUUGCCAGAAUGACACUUGAUACUCUCAGUAUCUAUGAAACUCCUUCUAUGGGUCUCUUGGACAAGAAGAGCUUGAAGAUCUCUGGCAUAAAAGAUUUUUCUUGGUCCCCUGGUGGUAACAUAAUAGCCUUUUGGGUACCUGAAGAUAAAGAUAUUCCAGCCAGGGUAACCCUGAUGCAGCUGCCUACCAGACAAGAGAUCAGAGUUAGAAACCUAUUUAACGUUGUGGAUUGCAAGCUGCAUUGGCAGAAAAAUGGAGAUUACUUGUGUGUUAAAGUAGACAGGACUCCAAAAGGCACCCAGGGUGUUGUCACAAAUUUUGAAAUAUUUCGAAUGAGAGAAAAACAGGUGCCUGUUGAUGUGGUCGAGAUGAAAGAAACCAUCAUCGCCUUUGCCUGGGAGCCAAACGGAAGUAAGUUUGCUGUGCUGCAUGGGGAGGCGCCCCGGAUAUCUGUUUCCUUCUACCACGUAAAGAGCAACGGGAAGAUUGAGCUUAUCAAGAUGUUCGACAAGCAGCAGGCCAACACCAUCUUCUGGAGCCCCCAAGGACAGUUCGUUGUGCUGGCUGGCCUUCGGAGUAUGAACGGCGCCUUGGCGUUUGUUGACACUUCAGACUGCACAGUCAUGAACAUCGCAGAGCACUACAUGGCCUCCGACGUGGAGUGGGACCCCACUGGGCGCUAUGUCGUCACCUCCGUGUCCUGGUGGAGCCACAAGGUGGACAAUGCCUACUGGCUGUGGACCUUCCAAGGCCGCCUUCUGCAGAAGAACAGCAAGGACCGCUUCUGCCAGCUGCUCUGGAGGCCUCGGCCCCCCACGCUCCUGAGCCAGGAUCAGAUCAAGCAAAUUAAAAAGGAUCUGAAGAAAUACUCCAAGAUCUUUGAACAGAAGGAUCGUUUGAGCCAGUCCAAAGCCUCAAAGGAAUUAGUGGAGAGAAGACGAACCAUGAUGGAAGAUUUCCGGAAAUACCGGAAAAUGGCUCAAGAGCUCUAUAUGGAGCAGAAAAAUGCACGGCUAGAAUUACGAGGCGGUGUGGACACUGACGAGCUGGACAGCAACGUGGACGACUGGGAGGAGGAGACCAUCGAGUUUUUUGUCACUGAAGAGAUUAUUCCCCUUGGAAAUCAGGAGUGA